ACAUUCUGCAUACCCGUUUUCUGGCGACGCGUCGGGAAUCGACCGCGACUUUUUGAUCGGCCGUCUCGCAAAAUACGAGGAGAAAUCGCGUCUGUCUGGAAGACGAAAUGCAGUCGCUGGGGCAUCCUGAUACGACAGGGGAAUCGACACCAAGGGGAGCAUUUCACCGCUCAUUGGUACCGGACACGACCUCGCCCUCUCAUCUACCUUAUCCUGGUUUUGGUGGACUAGGUGCCGUGCGACCGCUAUCCUCUGCAGCGGGCAAUCUGAAUGCGGCGGAAGCAGUCCUACAUGGGGCUGCUGUGAGAGAUCCGGAGUACUAUCAAGCGCUUACCAGGGCAUCGUUGACACUCCAGCCCAUCUGGAGGACCCCCAAGCGUCGCACAAGUGCAGACGCUAGCCGCCGCGUUGAUGGUGAUAUUCGAGGGCCUGUGUGCCCUCCACCACACCAUCGAAAGCGCCUGGGACAUCUUUCAGCUGUCUGGAAAACUGAUUGCCCUGCGUCUGUGGAAUGCAUCGUGUUUGGUCUCGGCUAUUCUGAUGCUCCUCUGCCCGUCACUGUCACAGAUUGGGUCCCAAAGCACGCGAAGUCCAGAAACGGCGCGUUCUCUUCAGAGAGCUGCUAAUCACCAAUUGCUAGCAGGCCAUUGCGACGGGGUCGGCUACCGACAUGUUCGCUGCCCUUCGUUCGCUGCAUGUUCGUGUGGGACGUCGAGCAGUCAGAGGUCGAGGAUGGUACCCCUCAAUCUCCAUGCACGUCACUCGAGAUUAGAUUCCAUUCAUGAGUAUAUAGGUGGAUGUCGACAAUACAUCGACAUUUCGCGUUUCCCUAGGCUCACCAAUUCUGCUUCGUACCUGCCAUCCCAAACCACUCGAAGGAUUCUAUCGCGUGCCCUUAUGUGCCAGCUCAAACCCUCACAGAUCAUGUUGUCUUCUGUGAAGAUGCCUCAACUGCGUAGUGGAGGAGUUUGUGCCGAUCAUCUAGCGGCUAAACAAACGGGCACUGUAUCUGUUUAAAGAAUCGUGCAACUGGAUGUCUAACAACACCUUCGCGCCGUCCCAGCCUGGGCAGGACGAGCCGUUUAUCUUUCGGCGGGAAGACGCACACAGUGACAACCAAAUCCGAGCCGGCCAAAACAUCAUCCUCCUGGCGCGAACUCGACACGCUCGAGUUUCUCGUCCCGUCGCCGAACUCGCACAGCGCAACGCACAUGCCGCGCCCGAACCUCGCGACGCUAUCCUUCAGCCAGGCCCAGUUCUAGGAGGAACACUGGGCAAUGCUGUGCAACCUCGUCGGGAUGAUCACUGACAAAGCCGAGGCUCGAGCAGACGCGUUGAUCUCGUGUCUCGAUUGACGCCUCCACGGACACAGGACACGUCCUGUCCAGCACACACCCGCACACGCCAUUACAUACACACAGCCAACUGCAGCCACAGCCGCAGCAAUGACAUCACCGGAAGAGCUUUCAUCAAGACUACCGGCUACCUGAAGCAUUCUGGCUCGCAAUGGCACCGUCGAGGACGCGAUGCGUGAUCCAAGGCUGCAAGAGCAUCGGCAGAUGUAUAUGUUGCGGGUUGAUUUGCCGAGCGUGAUGCCCCGCGAAGAAUUCUUACUGCUUUAUCGUUUGCUUAAAUCGCAUCUAUGUCAUUUCAG